GUUGCAAGCAGGUUGAAGUCCGCCAACCGAGCAGCUACGUUCUGGUGUUAAACAACAUUUGAGUAGACUAUAUUCCCAAGCAGACGAUCAUGUUGCGUUUGUUCCUGGCGGCGUUGGUUUUUCUGCCGUCUCCCCACGGGACGCUCGGCACCAGAGACGAGCGCCCCAGCUGCCGGCCGCUGACCGCCUCCUUCUGCCGGAACGUGGGCUACGGCACCAGCCGGCACCCGGCCGGCGUCCCGGGCUUCAACGUGCAGCAGCUGAGUCAGAUCGUGGAGACGUCCUGCUCUCCGAAUGCCGCCGCGCUCUUGUGCCGUGUGGCCUUCCCAGAAUGCUCGGAGGACGACGCCCGCGUGAAGCCGUGCGGGGCCAUGUGCCGCGAGGUGAAGAGCGAGUGCGACGCCGCCAUCAAAGCCAAGCGCCUACUCUGGCCCAGCAAGCUGCAGUGUGACACCUUGCCUGAAUCCAACUGUGUGCAGGCUCAACAACAGCAACCGCUCUCCCCCUCCUCUCCUGCUGCUGAUCAAGUAUGUCAGACUAUUACGGUUCCUCUAUGCAAAGACCUCCCGUACAGCCAGACCAUCAUGCCCAACACUUUAGGCCACGUCUCGCAGGACGAGGCGGGCCUCGAAGUGCACCAGUUCUACCCGCUGGUCAAGGUCCAGUGUUCGACUCAGCUCAAGCCAUUCCUGUGCUCCGUCUACGUACCUAAUUGCAGGGCGGGAACGAUUGGGCGUCCGUGCAGAACUCAGUGCGAGCAGGCCCGCGCCGGAUGCGAGUCUCUGAUGACCAAGAUUGGCUUCAACUGGCCGGAAAGUCUAAAUUGUGACACAUUUUCCACAUAUUCCUGUGAGCAGGAUACUGACAGCAAUUCUGACACAACGGCAUCAGGAACUUGCGAAAGUAUUACAGAGCGUCUCUGCAAAGAUCUCCCGUACACCCAGACCGUCAUGCCCAACGUCCUGGGACACAAGACCCAGGAGGAGGUCGGCAUGCAAGCCAACACUUACUACACGCUGGUCAACACGGCGUGCUCGCCCCACCUCAAGACCUUCCUGUGCUCCGUCCUCACCCCCGAAUGCAAGGCGGGUAAAGCCAGGCGGCCUUGCAGGAGCUUGUGCGAGCUGGUCCGCUCCAGUUGCGAGCCGCUGCUCAGAGAGUUUGGUUUCGCUUGGCCCGAGUCGCUCAAGUGCGACGCUUUCACCACCGCUUCGUGCCAGCACUUUGGCAUGGGUGAAGGCGGCGCCAUAUGUGAGACCCUCACCAUCCCCAUGUGCCAAGGCCUGUCCUACAACCAGACUCUGAUGCCCAACGUAAUGGGCCACGCCAGCCAGCGCGACGCCGCCAUCAAGAUGUCUUUCUUCCACUCCAUCGCGCAGACCGCCUGCUCCGCCGACAUCCGGCCCUUCCUGUGCGCCGCCUAUGCCCCGCGGUGCUCAUACGGCCAGGUGCGCCGCCCCUGCCGGAGCUUUUGCCAGAAGGCCCGCAGCAGCUGCGAGGCGCUCUUGGGGCGCUACGGUGUUUCCUGGCCCCAAGAGCUCCACUGCGACGCGUUCCCGCACAACGCCUGUGUCACCGAUGACAACAGAUCAGAGAUGAUGAAUGCUGAAGACGUGGCAGCCAGGCUGCAGGCCGGAGGCCACUCGGUUGGCGGAAAACCGCUGACUGUCAGGACUGCACGCUUGCUGCUGACACUUGCAGAUGCAGACAAAUCUGGAGAGCUGGACAUGGUGGAGUUCUUCAGACUGGACCACUAUGUGGCGGCCGCCAGGCGAGAAUACGUGGACAGCUACGAGAGGAAGCAUCCGCCUUCUUUCACUCAAGCACACAUGGAGGAGGCCCUGACUGUGCGGGGUUUUGAGCUGGAUAAGGACAGCUUAAAGACGCUGUGGUUGGAGUACAGCAGGCAAGGGAAGCUCGAGUACGAUGACUUCAUCGCUCUGCUGACCCGAAUGCACAUCCUUAAAGAUCGAUUCCAAGCUCACCUCCUGAGUUUGCCAUGUGACUGCCAAGUGGCCACCUUCUCUUUUAAGCAGGUACGUUUUGUGUUGCAAGACACUUUAUUAGGUACACAAGUCAAUGUGACCCAAUACUGUUUUUACUCCAAUAUUUGCUUCCCACAUUAGAUUCCAAAGUUAGCCUCCAUUAUUGGGUUCAAGGUCACCUUUAUUAUUAGCUUCUAAUGUUAGAUUCCGAAGUUAGCAUCAAUGCCAUGUUCCCAUGUUGCCUCCAAAGUUAUUUUCCAAUGUUCGGUUUCACUUUACCAAUGUCAGCUUUACCAUUACUUUUAACAAUUGCUUCAAAUAUUAGCUUUCAACAUUGCCUCCAUUGUUAGCUUCUGACAUUAGAUCGCUUUCAUAGCUUCCAUGACUACUUUCGUUACCUCUAACUAAAGUGACCAACGUUAGCUUCCAAGCCUACCUAAAACGUUAGCACUAAGAAGACUAACUUUAGCACCAACGUUAACUUACUAGUACCACCCUACUUUCUGUAGUCUUUACGAUUACCAACCCUAAAAACAUUUAUUGCUGGUUUAUCCCUGCUCAUUCAAGAGUUUUUGGGGUUUAUUCCCCCCCCCCCCCCCCCCCUUAAUGUUGCAGCUUUAUGUUGCAGAGUUUGAGUCCAAUUUUACUACAGCACACAACAUGGAUUACAGAUUGUGUACCUGCUCUAUUUUAGCCUAAUUUAAACGAGCUAUUAUGUGUCAAUCAAAGCAAAACGAUGAAUCCCCUUUUCAUGCACCACUUACUUCGAACGUUCCUUACCGUUUUUGGUAUUUUUAUAUAUCGCUAUAUCUUUUCUCCUUCCAGUUCAUGACGUCUGCUGUCGUCUGAGAACCAACUUUAACCAACAAGUUUAGUAGCACCUUUUCUUCUAUUUGGACAUCUUAUUUUAAAAAGGUAACAGAGGGUAUACAUAGAUAAUAGACAUCAUGUGUAAAUACAUUGAUAGCGCACAGCAUAUACGGGCGUUGAUGUUAAUGGAGAGUGAAAAAUAGUGGUAAUUUACACAUAUAUUCAGUGCACAGCACAACCUCUAAAGUCAAAUCUGUUUUGUUCCAUGUCAAAACUUUAACCGUACAGCCAAAGUUUUAAGUCUCAUAUAAAUUUACAAAACAAAAGUUUUUUUUUAGGCAGCACGGUGAAUGACGAGUUAGCACAUUUGCCUCACAGUUCUGAGGACCCGGGUUCAAAUCCGGCCCCGCCAGCAUGCCGAGACCCCUAGUGAGGAUAAGCGGCAUUGGGAAACGAAUGAAUGAAUGAUGUACUGACACAAGGAGGGAGUCUGUGGUAAACGUUAAGACUGGUUUAAAAAUGUGUAUUGUUUGCUUAUAGCCACUCCUGCUGAUGUUUAUAGUUCUUGCUUGGAAUGUAAUGAAGUCGUCACUACACAGGGGGAGUAAACAAAUGGCGGUAGACCGCGUUUGGUUUUUUUCGGGCGAGAAGUUUCUGCAAUAUGUUCGCACCUGCUUGGUCAAAUUAAUUUGUCUCCACAUGCAUCGAUAGUGAACUGUAGAGCGGCCUGGACGAGGACUUUUGACAAGUGAUAUUUUUGUUGUUGGUGGAAUUAGAAAGCAUUGUUGCACUUUGAAGGUUCUGUUGCAUAAACAAAAAAUACAUUUGAAUAAAGAGGAGUCUCCGCAUACAAAAAUAAGGUGUCCCUCCCUCGCAUCCUUCCUCACAUGCUCAUGGUCACCUGGAUGAACUGGAUGGAGAGAAAGGUUGUUGUCAUUGUUGAACAAAUGUCUUAUGGGCUGGAUUUGAACUGCGAGUCCGAGGGCCCAAAUUUCGAUUUGAUUUGUUUGGCAGUAUAACAGUCAAUGUUGUAUCGACGACUAAUGUAGCAUAUUACAUUAUAAUUCAUGGUCUGUACCCCAUUGAACCAUAUUUACCUUAUAAUGAAUGUUUUAUACACCUAAUGUAACUUAUUGUUCUAACCACCUCUGAUGGACUACAUUUACAUCAUAUUUAAUGAUGACUUUGUUUUGGCUGUGCGUUAGAUUUGCAGCAGGUGUUUUUUUAUGCAACGCUUGAAGCACGCAGUAUAAAUCCAGCCCAAGUUUAAACUGAAAAAUGCCGCACUUACAUCAUCAUACUGGAAGGCGGCGGUGCCAUUUUGAGAUGUGUCACGGCGUCGGAAAUGAUCUGAAAGCACACACAUGGGCAGCGUUAAUAAGGCCUAUUCUGUAUCCAUGUGGGCCACACGAAAGAAUCGGAAGUCCAAUCCACGAUUGUAUGCAUCCUCACCAGUCAAGCCGCGCAGUCGAACGCAACAGCUCACAAAUUCGUCAAAGGGGAUUCUUCCAUUGACACUGUAGCGCUUCAUUAUCAUGUUCAUUGCGUUAGGGCUCAGAUUGAAACCUGCAAACACACACAUUGGAAAUAGUAACAGCAAGGGACCACAGUGAAUGAUAUUACAUAGAAGCUUGAGACUAUUUGAGUCCUGGGAUGCACAUGUCAUGGAAACAACGAAUCCCAGUCCUGCAGCAAUGAGGACAAUCCAAUGUAUCACAAAAUAUAGAUACAGUAAUCCUCCGGUACGUUGCGGUUCUUGCUUCUCGGUUCCGCUUUAUUGCAGAUUUUUAUUACCGUUGUUACUCUGUAAUCUUUAGUCUUUUAUAAAGUUUGUCCAAUAUUUUUGUGUUAUCCAUUGCUCUUGCUCUCUCUCAAUAUAUUCUGUUUAGGCCUGCCACGAUAGCCAAUUUUUUUUAGAACAAUAUAAUUUCACAGAAACUUUCAAGAUAAACGAUAGUAUUAAUGUUUGUUUUUUUUUUUUUUAUGUCACUGGUAUAAUGAUAGAGCAUACGUUACAAAUUCUGCCCUGGUAAUCAAACACGACCACAACUGUGUGAUGGUCUCUUAUUUACUAAAUUAAAGUAGGGCUGCAUUUCACAAUAAGAGCAAGUAAAUAAAAAGAGAAAGUUAUAGGUGUUCAAAUAAAGUUUGAGUUUCCCCCUUUUCUGUUUGGCAUCUUGACACAGCAGUUAAGUCUCAAACAAUCUCACACUUUGAAUUUAACAAAUCUUAACUGAACCGUUUUAGAGGUUAUGUUUGUUCAAAACCUUUUUUUUUUUUUUUUUUGGUUCAUAAUGAUGUUUCACAUAUUAAUUGCACUUUUGUGCAUCAGAGGACGCACAUUCGCAAAGCUUUUGGCGCCCCUCAUCAUUUUUGUGCGUCUAGGACGUGGAACGCACAUCAAACAAGAUCUCUGUAUUAGAUACUGCACAACACUAUGACCGUUUAGUAAAUCCAGUGAGAUCAUUUCCAGUAUCACAGGUGAGUAGUUUUACUUUUGUUUUAUUUUAUUGCAUUUUUACACCUUUUGCUUACCCGAUUUAGCUACAUGAGAA